GCUCCACAUCCCGGAAGUAAACAGCUGCGGCAGAGGCGAGUUUGAGUUUACAUUUUAGAUUUUAAAUUUUGCUCCUAAAAUGUCCUUUUCAAACCCGAGGCAGAUCUUUGUGAACCCGGUGGUUCCAUUUUCGGGGACAAUCCUCGGGGGACUCGUUCCUGGAGAAAUGCUCCUGAUCCAAGGAAGUGUACCCUCAGAUGUCGACAGGUUCCAGGUGGACUUAUUGUGUGGCAGCAGUGUAAAGCCCAGAGCUGACGUGGCAUUUCACUUUAACCCACGAGUCAAGAAGGGCUGCGUCGUGUGUAAUUCUCUCACCAGAGAGCGCUGGGGAAGAGAGGAGAUCCACAAAAUCAUGCCCUUCAUUCCAGGAGAUGUGUUCGAACUGGUUAUCCUGGUCCAGAGUGAUGUCUACAAGGUUGCGGUGAAUGGGGCUCAUUUGCUGGAGUUCAAACACAGAGUGGAGCUGAACAGAGUCGACACGCUGCUGAUCCAGGGAAAAGUCCAAAUCCAAGCCAUCGCUGUACUCCCAAACCAGAGCACCGUUUCUUCGUCAGAGGCACAAAACAUAAAAUCUACAGAAUCCAGUUCAGCGCUCUGCUCAAACGGAGAGCUGAGUGUUCCUUUCCAAGCCGAGAUCGUAAAAGGCCUGAGUCCCGGACGCAGCAUCACCAUCAAAGGAAGAACCAGCCCCAACGCUCAGAGUCUCGGUGUAAACCUGGCUGUUGGGGGGAGCAGCGCCAUUGCACUGCACUUGAAUCCGCGUCUGAAGCAGAGAAACUUUGUGAGGAACUCGUUUCUGUUUGAUUGUUGGGGUCCAGAGGAGACCGAGAUCCAAGACUUCCCCUUCGAACCCGACCAGUACUUUGAGAUGAUCAUCCUGUGUGAGGCCUCUCAGUUCCGGGUGGCAGUGAACGGAACUCAUCAGUUUGAGUACAAACAUAGAGUCCAGGAUCUGAGCCGGGUCACAGUCCUCACCUUGACGGGAGACCUGAGCCUGGAGGAGGUGCGUCUGCUGUGAGGUCACGAGAGGUCAUCACCACUGCCUUCCGCUGAUACAACCCCGAUACACUGGGAGACAUCUUGGAGACUUUCUGACCCCAAGACCCAACCAACUUCUGCAGGUCUUCAGUGAUUCUGGGAUCAAACCCAAAACCUUUUCACAAAGAGGCAAGAGCACUAACCACUCUGCCACUGUGCACCUUAUAUUUUGAAGUUAUAUUUUUCUUUCACUAAUCUUUUGAAUCUGCACUUCAGUAGGUUGUGUUCAUGUACAUUUGAAACAUAAGCAUAUUUGUAUAAAAAGCCUGAUCUAAAAUGGAGCUAAAUAUAAAAACUAACUAAUAAUUUCAGUAGUAUUUUUCAUACUUUAUAUUUAGUACAUAUUUGACAGAAAUAGAGAAAUUGCCUGUGAUCCAGAAGACACACUUCUCCAAUACUUUACGGUAUGAGUUUGGUCACCGGUGAGAUGGCUGUGAUUGACAGGUGUAUUAGCCAAUCAGGUACAUGGAUGGUCUGUCUGUAUCAAAACAAAUAUGGCUGCUCAUGAAGAAAAAAAAAAUCAAUGAAAAAUGCAAAAGUAUCACAGGCGAUUUCUGCAAAAUUAAUGAGCAAAGCACUAUUGUUCAUCUGAUGGAGAGAAAUGUCAUUUUGUCUGUAAAUGAUUGGUAACCAAUCGGCUUCUUUGUUUCACAUCAAUCUGAUUGGUUGAUCAUGUUUGGCUCUGGCUUGAGAAGCGACGGAGGGAGUGGUGACCAGACUCCGUCUGUAUCUGUUUUUUUAUACAGAGGGAUAUCUGGUCAGACAGAGGUAUGAGUCUGGAGAAAUCCUGUCACUGUCCUCCAACAAAGAGUGAGAUGAGAUCAUAGACCCUGAACACACCCUACUGUAAAGCAUGUAAAUAAACUGCAUUUCCAAGUAAAUCUGAAGGACCAAUGUUUGUCAAAGCUGAACCUGUGUGUUUUAAAGUGCAUAUGACUGAUUAGACCACACAUUUUACUACACCAUAAAUAACUUAAGUUUUAAGUAUGUUGUUGAAGUUUAUAAUUUUACUUCCUGGUAGGACACACGCAGCUGAUGUGGAAUUACCUUCAUACAUAUGUGUAUGUCAGUUACCUAGCAGACAUAUUGAAAACUUGGGCCAGAAAAGUGUCAGAAAAAUGUCUUCCUUGUGUGUAAACUGGAUGGAUUUGAUGACAGUUGAUGACACGAUCUGGUACAAUCCCACCAAACCAAGUCAGAAUUAGAAAAAUAUAUUAAUCUGUCAAAUGCACUUUAAAUUCAUGUUUGGCAAACACUUUAUGAAUGUUUUGGCACAUUUAAGAUUUGUAUUUGAGAUUAGUCUUGCAGUGUUUUACCAGCUGUAGAACAAUAAACAUUUGAAUCUAAUGUGAGUCAACACACAUCACUACACUUAUUAGAGAAGACGAGUUAUAGUUUAAUGUGCUUUCCCAGAAAAAAAAAACAGAUUAUCAUUUUAUAUUGAAUUGUACAUCACAGUAAUGAUCUAGAAGUGUUUUAAAAGGAACUGGUCCAGAGAAGUGGGUGGGCUAGGGGAUAGAUGGCAUACUGUCUCAGGGCUCAAACCUUGAAUCUAGGAUUUACAUUACUGAAAUAUGAAUCAAAAUACAAGUCAGUUUUAACUGGUUUCCUUUAAUGGCACAGCUGUGGCUCAGUGGUUGAGCUACAGCACAUAUGCAGAACCAAGCCAGUUCUGGUCCACAGCUGAUAGGUCAAAUGCAGUUAACAAUUUAAAAUGCAUUUGACAGACUUUGACAAUUAUCUAAUUUUGUCUUAAGUUGGUGGGAUAAUACCUUUUGUAAAUAUAAAUUAUAGUUUUACACAAAUCAAGAAGCAGUUUGACAAGAAAACUUGAGAAAUAUGUUAAAUGAUAGAAAAUAGAUUAAUGUCACACCAUGGAUCUUUGUGAUUUUACAUCUCGGCAUCACAUGGGGAGAAAUGUUCAGCACAACAACUAUGAUUUCAAUGUUAUCUUUUUUUUGUCAAAUGUUAAUUUCUGUGUACAUUAAAGUUUUAGCUGACUUUAUAAACAGUUUGUAGGUAACGCU